UGAAGAAUGAGGAACAGAAAAUCAAACCAAAUUAACUUGCACAAGUGAAACCAGGAAAUAAACAGGACGAAAUAAGACAAUAAUUGCCAUAUUAUUUGCUGAAAUGUAGACUGCAUUAUUCACAGAGUUAGACAGGAGCUGCUGGGACAUAAACACACGCACCAGCGCUUCUUCACACCUUCAAAACUUAAAACUUUAGUUUGCUACACGCUAUGACACACUCAUUAGCUACCAGUGCAUGAAAUCACAUGGAGGUGCUCUUGUGCUCACAUGACAGUCUGAACCAUGGCAGGAGCGAUCAAUGAAGGUGUUGUUCCUCUUUUAGGCUCAGUUCCUGCCUAUUACAGGGAAGUAUACGAGGCCAUCCGCUGUAGGACAGAUGAGAGAGUGCAGGUUGAAGUUUUUCAGCGGUUGCUCCAAAGGGCUGAUCUCUCCAAGGCGGUUUUAGGCCAGAUUGCUGAGCAUGUUGACUCCACAGAUGGAUUCCUGAGCAAGCUGUCACUCUAUAAAGCGCUCGCUUUGAUUGCUCUUGCUCAGCAAGGAAAGCAACCAAGCCCCAACCUCUUGGAGAACUGCAUACAGGAGUUACCAAAACCUCAGCUCGGGGAGCCGAGGGACUUGAGUGCAUUGAGGAUGCAGCCAGCUCAAGAGGACGUACUGACGGUGUCCCAGACGCUGGACAAACUGCUGGUCAGAGACACAGUCCAGGUGGAACUCAUACCCGAGAAGAAGGGAUUGUUUCUCAAACAUGUGGAGUACCAGGUCACCAGCCAGCGUUAUAAGAUAUCAGUUUAUCGGCGCUAUAGUGAUUUUGAUGUCUUCCAUGAGGUUUUGCUUCAGAGAUUUGCCUACAGAGUGGUGCCGGCACUGCCACCUAAAAGAAUGUUAAAGGGAGUCCUGACCUCCGUCUCUGAGCGUGAGUUCAUCGAGGGGAGGAGACGUGCUCUUGGCAGAUUCAUUAACUUGGUGGCACGGCAUCCCUUCUUCUCAGAGGAUGAGCUGGUCAAGACCUUUCUCACCUUCAAUGGCUCCGAUGUUCAGACUAAGCUGCGUGACACUUACAAGAAAAUGGGCGAUGAGUUCAUGACCAACAGAAUCGCAACCCUGGCAAAGGAAUAUCUCCCCGCUGACAUUCAGGCUCAGUUCUCGACAAGCAGAGAGCUGAUUAGAAAUAUUCACAACAGCUUCCACAAGCUGCGGGACAGAGCUGAGAAAAUGGCGGAGCGCUCUAGAGAGAAUGCAACUGAUCUUCUGAUGUUUGGCAGAGAGCUCAGUACACUGGGCUCAGAUGCUUCGUCUCUUCCCUCCUUGGCCUCUUCACAAAGCACCUGGGGGACCCUCCGUCAGUCUCUGAAGAGUCUGUCCGUGGAGUUCGCUGUGCUAUCUGACAAAGCGGCUCAGCAGGGCAGACGGGAAGAGGAUGAUGUUGUGGAAAAACUGAAUCUUUUCCUGGAUUUGCUGCAGUCGUACAGAGAUCUAUGUGAGCGCCAUGAGAAGGGUGUGCUCCAUGAGCACCAGAGAGCUCUGCACAAGUAUAGUGUGAUGAAGAGGCAGAUGAUGAGCGCCACGGUGCAGCCCAAAGAGCAGGCAUCUGUGGAGCAGCUGGAAUCCCGAAUUGUUCAGCAAGAAAAUGCCAUUCAGACCAUGGAGCUGCGUAACUACUUCUCCCUGUUUUGCCUUCAUCAAGAGACACAGCUGAUCUUCAUCUACCUUCCAAUCACAUCCCACAUUUUGGGAGCUUUUGUUAAUUCUCAGGUCCAAGGACACAGAGAGAUGGGAGAAGUGUGGAAUGAACUCCAGCCAAAGCUCGGAUGUCUCUUUGGUGGCAAUAACGGAUUGAAACCCCCCAUCUGAAACCUAAAUACACAAGGUGGAGGGAGAGAAACACUGCCGCUAAUGAGGAUCAGAAACUGGAAAAUAACUGUAGAAUGCACAACUGUUUUCCUUCUACAAAGUCGUAUAUUACACAAUAUAUAUUCCAUUCAGUGUAAAUGGAUUCUCAACUUCUGCAUUUAUUUUGGGUUUGAUCAAUCAUGUAAGACAGUGGGCUCAUAAAUCUGUCAUUUCAUGCUCUGCUCGAUGAGGAAUUGAUGUCCAUUUCCAAUUCAAGGAAGGAAAAUCCUCUAAAUGCUAUUUUACAAGGGACCAGUCAGCUUGUCAGACGUGACAGUAUAUUUAUGCAACUCAUUUCCUAAAGCCUCUGUUUAUAACUUAACCUCCUAAGAAGUUUUAUACACUAAGAGAGUUGAGUAAAAUUGCGAGGGACUGAAAGUUUUACUUUAUUAAAGGAUGGGACUUUUUUACAGCUCCAGACAUGAAGGUUUUUGGUUUGACUUACUGAAUAACUUUAGACCAAUGUAUUUUUGAUACAGAUUUGAGCUUAUAAGGAUGUGUAGUAGCAUACUUUGCAUUUUUAAUGGACAAUUGUGCUAUUUCUCUUACUGUUAUUGUGUUUACUUAUAUGUAGAGCAACAUCUUUGCUUUCUGCUUAAAUUGUUUGCAAGACUCCCAGUUUUAUUUUAUAAGCUAUUUUGAAAGGCCUACACUCAAAGUGUACAAUACUACAAAGGGCAGAGAUUUAUUGAUAAAAACGAGUGGCAUAAUGUCAACAAUAACACUAUAAUCUAUUGAUUUACUACCAAAGACAUAUGAUAUAAAUUCACUAAAAUAUACAGCUGUGCAAUAAAUCACAUAACAGAUCAAAUUAAAACAUUUAAUUAUCACCACCUUCAUUUCUUUAAUUACACUGUAAGGUUUUUGGCCAUAUCACUUAAUAGAUGAAGACUAUUUUUCAUAGUUGCAGACAUCAUAAUUUAAAUUUGUUCGAUACUGGAUAUUGUUGAAUUUUCCAUAUACUAUUAGACUUCUACUUUUCAGAUAUUUGGCAUGAAAACAAUGAUGCACAUUUUUGUCUUCACACAUACAGUCAAUCAGAACAUGAUAUAUAAAACUCAAAGGGACAGUUUGCCACAUAUGGGCUCAUGUUUUGGAAGUUAGCUCACAAAUUGUCACCAACUGAUGUCAUCUCAAAUACACAAACUGACUGUGUUGAAAUGAAAGAUGCCAAUAUGCAAAUCAGGAUAUGUAUAUAUUAAAAUUAAUUGUAUGAAUAAACUGUAAAAGUGUGUACAGUAUGAAACACGUUUGUUUUGGCAAAAAGUAUCGGGAAUCAAGUUAACUUGCAAGGAAUAUGAAACCCAAUAAAAUGCUUAUUGUAGAUAUUGUAAAUAUUUUAUUGAAGAAAUCCUUGCUGAAUUAUGUUAAAUCAGUUAUCCUGAAAAAUAAAAUGAGAUUUCUUUCAGUGUA